CUCUUGGCAUCAUUCUCGAGUCUUCUGCAAUUUUCUCGGGCUAGUCCUUUUGUUCUUCGCCUUUUCGAUUCCUUGCCUUGACAUCUGCCUGUGGCAGUCUCAAACACAUUCUUUCACCAGACGACCUCGAGCUUUCGAGCACCCACCGACCUAGCUGUCAACCAGUACAUAUAUCAUCAACUGCCAAGUUACACUCCUUAAACGACAACUUCACAUCAUCCAAAGAGACCAUCUCGUCAGGAACGAUUAUUCUCAAUCAACCAAAAUCAAUAUGCUUUCAUCAACCACCAUCGCAAUCUUCGGACUUGCAGCUCUUGGGAGCUCCCACAUGGUGAUGAACACUCCAACCCCAUUCGGAAAAUCCUCUCUCAACAACUCCCCUCUCGAUGCCUCCGGGUCAGAUUUCCCUUGCAAGCAACGACCUGGCGUAUAUGAUGCCGAGGGGGCUAGCAACAUAUGGCCUCUGGGCUCAACUCAAAGCCUGUCUUUCACUGGCAGUGCCACCCAUGGCGGAGGCUCAUGCCAGGUAUCCAUCUCAUACGACAAAGCUCCAACAGCGAGCAGCACCUGGAAAGUCAUCCACUCUAUCGAGGGUGGCUGCCCAAUCAAGGGUGUCGCAGGCAACAACGGGGACAAUGCAAACGCUGUGAACCCGGACUCGUAUCCAUUCAAAGUCCCAACUGAUCUCCCAACUGGGACUGCUGUGAUGGCAUGGACUUGGUUCAACAAAAUCGGCAACCGUGAGAUGUACAUGAACUGUGCGCCAAUCACUCUUACUGCUGGGUCUUCCAAGCGCAGUGACGAAAACGAACUCGAGGCACGAAAUGCGACUCAGCUGAUGGAACGCGACCAAGCCGCCUACAGCUCUCUACCAGACAUGUUCAUCGCCAACAUCAACAACGGAUGCGGCACUCAGGACUCCACUGAUCUGAUCUUUCCAAACCCAGGAGACUCGCUUGAACUAGAUGGACAAGCCACAUCCAAAGCGUUAGCAACCCCGACUGGAGCUUCAUGCGGAAAGGCUGUCGGUGGAGGGGCUACACCCACUGCUGGUGCUGGCAGUGGCGCGACCUCGGCAGCAGCCUCGUCGCCCAAGGCGACCCAGAAGCCAACCUCAGCUCCUGGUAUUCCUGGAGGAGUCUUCGCAACAGUCAAGCCACCCGCAAGCCAAACAACUCUAGUACCAGUAGUUUCUGCCGCCCCAGCUGUAUCCGCCGCCCCAGUAGAAUCAUCAGUCCCCAGCAGCGCUCCUGUUGCAAGCCCAGUCGCCUCUUCAGCCUCACCAGCGCCAAGCUCAGGAACAUCUACCGGAACAACAGGCUCAGGAACUGCUGAAGUUGCUGGAAGUGCUUGCAGUACUGACGGCAUGUGGAACUGCAUCGGUGGAACAUCCUUCCAACAAUGUGCAAGUGGUACUUGGUCAGUUGUUCAACAACUUGCUGCUGGUACUACCUGCACCGCUGGACAAUCUACCGCCAUCAACAUCACUGCCAUCGGAAAGGCGAAGCGCGCCCUCAGAUUUUCUAACGCCCAUGUCCGUCGCCACCUCCACAAAUCCUAGAUCCAUGCUUCAUCGCCGGUCGAUAAGCACAGUCUUUCCUUUCUUUGCAUUUGGGGAGCAGCAUAGGAUGGCGUUUGGAACAUUUCUUGUACAUACCCUUUUGGCAUUAUGAGGAGGAGUUCAUUGGAUGGGGAGAGUACAGGUGCAUAUACCAGGUGAAAACACAAAAGAAGGGCACUUCGUAUUGAAAUAGCCCAAUGAAUCAAGACACUCUUUGAUAUG